UUCUCAAUUUGUUAGCAUAAACACGUGAUCUAUAGAAAAUUGUGACGUUAAUAUAUAGGAGUAACAUUGCAUUUUAAUUCAACAAGUCAUGUUGCUCUUCCCUCAUAAUAAUAGCCCCAGCCCUGCUCUAUUUACUAUCCUAGGUAGGCGAUUGGACGUACAUGAUGUUUGGUUGGAUGAACCUUCAACCUUUAAAAAUAACUUUGGGGAAAAAUAGAAUUAUUUUCAAAAUAACCAUUAUGGGAACACCUUUUCCAAUACAACAACUAAGGACCCGUUUGACCAUAGAUUUUGCCAAAAUAAAUUUGGGUUUUAUUUGGCAAACACAUGUUUGGCCAUAAAUUUUGCCUACAUUUUGGCAAAAUCUCAAAUUGGUUGCUUUGUGUAAAAAUAAUUUGCAGGCAUAAUUCCAGCAAAGAUUGGUAAUUUACGAAAUUUGCAGCAAUUGCAACUGGAGAACAACGGCAUCGUGGGUUCAAUACCGCGCAGCAUACGGAACAUGACAUCGCUAUGGAUACUUAAUUUCAACACCAACAAUUUAACAGGUGUUAUACCCGAAGAGAUUGGGAACCUUCACAAGUUGGAAACACUUUAUUUGCAAUUUAAUAAAUUAAGUGGUUCCAUACCGGAAGAGCUCUUCAAUAUCUCUACGCUAACAAAGGUGUCACUUUCUACGAAUAACAUUGGUGGAGUAAUACCCAGAGAGAUUGGGAGCCUUCACAAGUUGGAGACACUUUAUUUGCAAUUUAAUAAAUUAAGCGGUUCCAUACCGGAAGAGCUCUUCAAUAUCUCUACCCUAACAAGGGUGUCACUUUCUAGGAAUAACAUUGGUGGAGUAAUACCCAGAAAGAUUGGGAGCCUUCACAAAUUGGAGACACUUGAUCUUGCAGAGAAUUAUAAACUAAGUGGUUCCAUACCGGAAGAGCUCUUCAAUAUCUCUACGCUAAGAGUGAUGUCACUUGCAUUUAAUAACCUUUCCGGUAGUCUUCCAUCUGCCUCAAGCUACUGGCAAACAAAUCUAAAUUUUCUGCAUCUUGGUAAUAACAGCAUAGAUGGAGUUAUACCCAGCUCAAUCUCCAAUUCUUCAAAUCUAAAGGGAUUAAUUCUUAACAACAACAAAUUCAAUGGCCCGAUUCCUAACUCUUUGGGGGAUUUGAGACAGCUUGAACGUUUGAUGUUGUUCGAAAACAACUUAUCAUCUCCGCACCUAAGUAUCUUAACUUCUUUGGCGAACUGCAGAUCUUUGAAAGAAAUAGUGAUAUCGGAUAAUCCUCUUAAUGGUGUUCUUCCAGAUUCCAUUGGCAAUCUCUCCGGUUCUCUUGAACUAUUUUUUUUAGAUGAAACUGAAAUUAGGGGACAGAUACCAUUAGGAAUUGGUAAUUUAAGUAACUUAAACACUUUUUCCAUAUCCGGCAAUGACUUGACUGGUUCAAUGCCAAGAACAUUCUGUGAUUUACACAAUCUUCAAGUAUUAUAUCUUGACCAGAACAGGUUAAGUAGACCCUUACCGGAGUGCCUUUGCAAAUUGCCGGGGUUGGGCUUGGUUCGUUUGUCUUAUAAUCAAAUAUCGGGUCCAAUACCAUAUUGCAUUGGUAAUGUUACCUCUUUGAGAAAUAUUUACCUAAACUCAAAUAGGCUCACUAACAUACCCAUGAGUCUAUGGAGCCUCAAAGAUCUUGUAGAGCUUGACUUGUCCAAUAAUUCUUUGGUUGGUUCUUUACCUCCAGAAUUCGGAAAUUUGGAUGCCAUAACAUUAGUAGAUUUGUCGAGGAAUCACCUUUCAGGAAGUAUUCCAACCACAGUCGGAGACUUGCUGAAACUAAUUUAUCUUUCUUUGGCUUUCAAUGAGUUGCAAGGAUCUAUUCCUGAGUCGCUGGGAAAAAUGAUAAGUUUGGAAUCGGUGAUACUAUCCAAUAACAUUCUUUCAGGUAUGAUUCCAAAAUCAUUAGAGGCACUUCGGUAUCUCAAGGAUUUCAAUGUAUCAUUCAAUAGAUUAGAAGGUGAAAUCCCAACUAAAGGACCUUUUCUCAAUUUCACGUCUCAAUCUUUUAUGGGAAAUGAAGAGUUAUGUGGUGGUUUCCUUUUCCGACCUUGUAAGGCUAGGUCUGGUCAUCACUCACGGAGAAGCAGAUUUCUUCUGAUUGUACUUGUCCCAUUGGUGGUUUCAUUAAUAGGACUUGGCUCAAUUGUUGUGUUCAUGUUCAGGAGACGUAGAAAUGUUCCAACCCAAGUUGAAUCCUUACCUGCAACAACGAUACUAGCCAGGAUUUCGUACAUUGAAAUCGAAAGGGCAACUCAGGGGUUCGACCAAUGCAACUUGCUAGGCCAUGGAGGUUCCGGUUCUGUUUACAAGGGCAUCUUUGCGAAUGAGAUGGUUUUGGCAAUCAAAGUGUUUAAUUUACAGAUUGAAGGUGCAUUCAAGAGUUUUGAUACUGAAUGUGAAGUUCUACGCAACCUUCGCCAUAGAAAUCUUACCAAAGUUAUCAGCAGUUGUACUAACAUGGAUUUUAAAGCAUUACUUCUAGAAUACAUGCCCAAUGGAAGCCUAGAGCAAUGGUUACAUUCUGAUGAUUACUACUUGAAUAUGAUCCAAAGAUUAGACAUAAUGAUCGAUGUUGCAUCAGCUUUGGAAUAUCUCCAUCAUGGUUAUGCAACAGUCGUUGUACAUGGCGACUUGAAGCCUAGUAACGUCUUGCUAGACGAAAGGCUGGUUGGACAUGUGAGUGACUUUGGCCUGACCAAGUUAUUAGGAGAAGGGGAAUCUAUUGCUCAUACUAACACACUUGCAACGAUGGGCUAUAUUGCACCAGAGUAUGGAUCAGUAGGAUUAGUUUCUAGAAGAUGUGAUGUGUACAGCUACGGCAUAAUGCUCAUGGAAACAUUCACAAGAAAAAAGCCAUAUGAUGAAAUGUUUCAAGAAAAUUUGAGCAUGAGGAGUUGGGUCUGUAAUUCAAUACCUGCAACACCAGAGGAUAUUAUUGAUGCCACCUUAUUUGAACCAGAAGAGAUUGAUUUCAAGAAAAAGUUGCAUUGUGUGUCCUCUAUUUUGGAGUUGGCAUUGAAUUGCACAGCUGAAUCUCCUAAUGAGAGGCUGAUCAUGAAAGAUGUCCUGCCAAAUAUCAAGAAGAUCAAGCUGGAAUUUCUUCGCAAAUGAUGUAGCAAGGUUUAUAUGAUGGUAGUGCCGCCUUUUCCUCUGGGUGACACCAAUUGAGAUGACAACCAAUAUUUGGUCCGAGAUUUGGACUUUUCUUGUUUAUUGUGCUUUUCUUUUGUGCGUGUUUAAAGUUUUUGUGUGUGUGUGUCCUUUAACAUAUGUGUGUACUGAAGUUGGCAUGGAAGAAUGCCUUGUAUAAUAUUGAUGAUCAUUAUUAUGUAGAAUCAGCUUCAAGAGUCGAUGAAGAGCAGUGUAAAAUGUUGAACUACAAGUUAUAGGCUCUUUUGGUUACCAAGUUAAA